AAGCUCCCCUCCUUAGUACGAACAUAUACAUAUUUACAACGGGAAGAUCAUGUGUUUUGGGCACGUUAGAAUUUUAAUAAUAUUCAACAAUAGUUUGUGAUAUAUUUAAAUGUGGAGAUCUAAAAAUAAAAGGAAAAACAGGAAAGGUUCUUAUGUGUCGAGGGUGUAUAGAGAUUAUGAAUUUAUCAGGGAGCUAGGUCGUGGAAGCUAUGGGCUCGUUUGGUCUGCCAGAUUAAAAGAAUCGUCUUCCGAAGUAGAGAAAUUUGUUGUUAAGAGGAUUUUUCCUAGGGACGCCACUGAAGGUUUCGACAACUUGAGACAAACAUAAAAUGAACUGGAAGCACUGUCCAAACUACGGGAAUCGCAACAUCCAAACGUUGUGGAAAUUUAUACCGCCUUAGUUGAAAAACCCCCGCUGGGCUGGGUAGAAGACGAAGAUCUACUGUAUCUCAGCUUUCUGACAAGUUCCGACGGAGAAAUUAAUGUCGACUUAUUAGACUCAUGUAAGGAACCUGAAGAUUCAGGGAAAAUAUGUCCCAUCACGAUUGUACAGGAAUUUUGUUCGGGUGGGAGUUUAAAAUCUUGGCUGCAAGAGACGCCUCUUGAAACUAGAGAUCCUGAUUUAUUGUGUAAAGAACAGGUUUAUUUUGUGAAAGUGAUUGUUGCACAUUGAGUGCAACACAAUCAAGGAGAAGGUUUCCUUAUGUGCAAUCUUAAUCAGAUACAUUUGUCACAUUCUAGUUUUAUAUCGUGAUCGCCUCUGGGCAGUGAGGCAAUUAUUGCAAGUCAUCUCAUUGUUAUCUCUCUCACUCUCUCCGUAGGUUAGAAAUAGGUAUAUCAACCAUAUAUAAACAGCAGUCACGGCAGUACACGACAGGAAUGGGGGACGGUGGAGGACGGUCGAGGAAGUAUUUUGUGCUACUGCAGGUUACCUCUCCCAAUAUUAUUGGGAGAGGCAGAGUUCUGCCUGUUUGUACAAGUAAUAAAUAAAACCUCUCUAAGAAAAGUGCAACCAAGUCUCAUCUCGCCUCCCAAUUAUUACGCACACACCACAACGACGACGACGAUCGUCUCAUCUUCCUCAUCACCACCAUCACUGCAGUCAACCCCCCAUAAACGGAACUUCACAAUUGCUGAAUUUUGCGACGCAAAUGGCGGAUGGAUUACGGUUCCUGCAUUAUUGAGAAAUCAUUCAUCGCGAUCUCAAACCAGGGAAUAUUUUUCUCCGGCGAUUUAAAGCAGAUCAAAUUCUACUAAAGCUGGGGGAUUUCGGUUUGUCAAAAUUUAUGGAAGACCUGCCUGACGAGAAUGUAUUGACAGCAGAUGGACUUGGAACGUCAUUAUAUUUGAGCCCAGAACAGGAAAACAAUCAGCCGUACGGAUUUAAAGUGGACAUUUAUGCCUUAGCCCUUAUCAUAGCAGCUCUUUACAUUCAAAACCCUGCAAAAUCAGUGCAAUGCCAACUCAAGGAUAAUUUCAAAAGACAAUUAGCACAAACUUAUCCAGCACUUGAUCAAAUUCCUCCUCCCGUUACGAGCCUAAUUUGUGAAAUGAUGUCCACAGAUAGCGAGAAGCGACCUCCCGCUUGUGAAGUGCAUUCCAGAUUGAACGAAAUGUGGAGAGGCAAUUUAAAACUCCCGAUUUACAGAUUGGACAAGUCAAAUUCGCCCGUUACCACUGCAAACGAGAGACGAUCUGAGUUACUAAAACUGUUAAAACUUCAUGAUGAUGGUCACGAGAAUUUAGUGUUUCUAAGCGGGGAGGCGGGUUCUGGUAAAACGACAUUGGCGCUUCAAUUCUCACAACUAAUUGAAACCAAUGGUGUAGGAGAAUCUAUAAUUUGGAUUGACACAAAUUACCAAUUUCACAUUAAAAAUCAGCUCGGGUCUCUGGGAUGCCGGGUUCGAGCUAACAUUUACCGACCCAGUGGACAUCGAAUCGCGAUCUCGGAAAUGAUACAAGAAAUCCAUAUAAGUUUCCGGGGUAAAAAAUGGGUCCUCAUCCUGGAUGAUUUGACCCCCUCACUAUAUGAGUACGCUCUAAUUCUACAUUUGCUAAAAUUAAAUGGAGUUAAACCAUUUGUCGUUGUGUGCACAAGAAAACCCAAUUUUUUCUUAAAUGACAUUUUACAACGGCGACAAAUCUACGUGGAUAAAGAUUUCGAUGAGGGAUACAAGAUUGCAAGAAUGAUGCAAAAUGCAUGGCAAGACAUUCCAGAGGAAAUAAAUCCACCCGAAAUUCUUAUCAAGGGGUCGGACAACAGUUUAAUAUUUCUUGAAUUUCUCUCCGAAUCGCUGCAAGUUCCCAUAACCCAGCUGCACGUCAAACUUGGAGAAUACCUGGACUGGAACCCCCUCGCCCUUCGACUCGCCACCUGCACGAUUUCUGCCCAUGAUAAGCUUCCACAAAAUUCAAGGGACACCCUCAUUCAGGACACCGAAGAAUACAUCGCAGUUUUUCUUCAACUAUGUGAAGCAUUCAGAGAAAAUGGGCCACCCACAUUUCAUCGAUACGAUGAUCAAAUUACCACCAAGUAUACGGAUUCCUUCUCUCUAAAAGUGGUGCUGCAUCUGACCAUGUGUCAGAUAGAGGCAGCUUUAUCGACAAGGCCAGCGCGGUUGGACACUUUGAAAGAGCUUCAGUUGUACAUGAUCCUAUGGGCGGACGACAGAAUGAUGCCUGACAAUCUUGUAAACGAUGAUUGAACAAGCACCGCAUGGGAUGUCCUUUCAAUUUAUGGCUUGGUACGAGAAUGGACUGACGAUGCGGGAAAUAUUAGGCGCACGCAUAUUUGUGGGAAUCACUGUAUUGAUAUAAUGGUCGUCGAAGGGGAAGAGUUUGACGAAGAAUUGGAUUACGGAGUUCCACAAGGUGGUUUUGUUAGGUAUAAUUACCCAAAUGUGGAAUAGACAAGUUAACCGAGGUGGACCUUUUAAAGAAUUUUGCCAGAUGUACGGAAAAAACUUUUGAGAAAUACAGCAUUUAGAGUUUCGCUCUUGCCAGCGCGCAGCGUUUGGAUUUGCAAAGCUGCUACACCCGAAAAGACACUCCAUGUACAUACGUGGAGAGGGUAACCAUCAUAGGAAAAUGCGGGAUAUAUUAAGAAAUUAACUUUUUAUCGCAGUGAAAAUACAUUUUUUCACAAUUUUUUAAGUAAAUGAAGUGUUUUUAUACCGAUGAAAAGCUAACUUCUCCAAAAAACCAGUAUUUUCCACUGAGAAUUAUUUAUCUUGGUUAUGUUGAUUUACAACUUUUUGGGGAUGUCACGGCCGUGUAAAUCAAAACCUUGGAAACAACUGAGAUCAAACUAUUCUGUUCUCAGAGAGUAUAACUUGCGUGUUCGACAAUUCCACUGUCAUGAACAGAUGUGAUGAAUAAAUAAG